AUGAAUAGCUACGAGGACAGCUUAUGGAUGGAGAAGUUCCAUGUCAGUAGGAACACUUUCAUGUAUAUACUGAAUACGUUUGGUUCUCAGCUUGCCAGGAAGGACACUUUAAUGAGAGAGUCAGUACCUGUGGAAAAGAGAGUUGCCGUAGGCCUGUUUCGCCUUGCCACAGGGAGCCCGUAUAAUAAAACUGGGGAGCAGUUUGGUAUUGGCAGACGAACUUCUCUUUACAUUAAAGACGAGUUUUGUGAGGUACUCGUUAAAAAUGCUAAGUAUUUUAUAAAGUUUCCGACCACCGAAGAGGACACAAGGGCAGCUAUUGAUGGGUUUGAGGGGAAAUGCCAGAUACCUCAGUUGGCUGGGGCUAUUAAAGCUGUGCGCUUCAAAAUCAAAGCCCCAAGCCUUGUUACCCAUAAGAUGAAGUACUACAAUGAUAAUCUUAAGUGCCAUAGCAUGAUACUACAGGCUGUUACAGACAGUAGUGGGAAGUUCCUGGAUGUAAGCACAGGCUACCCAGGAGGUAUAACUAACACAGAGGCCCUGGCGAUUAGUGAUAUAUACAAGAACGUCAAACAGGGGGUCAUCCUAAACUCACCAUCUGCAACUGUAGAAGGCUUACAAGUGAAGCCAAUAAUAGCAACAGAUGCAUCAUAUAAACUGAGAAAAUGGUGCAUAUGUCCUUACCCAGAUAACAACACGCUAAGUCCAAGCCAAGAAAGGUUCAAUUCUGAGCUAGGUUCUGCUGUACAUAUUGCUGAAGAUGCUCUUGCUAGGCUAAGAGGUCGAUGGAAUACUCUUGCAAGAAGUUGCCUGGAUGAAAAUGUUGAGAAGAUUCCGGAAACAGUUCUUAUAUGUUGUGUUCUGCAUAACAUAUGUGUGGAGCAAGAAGACCCCACUGUUAUUAUACCGCAUCCUGCAAAGUAUGAGAGCACCCCAUAUGUUGGGAAAGAGGAUAGUGAAGAUGACACGGCAGAGGCUGUUUCUAUCCUCACAAGUCUCGAUAAAUCAACUGGGGAGGAUGUAAGGGAAGCACUUAGAGCUCAUGUUGAGCACAUUAGUUCAAAUGUUGUCCAUAAAUAUCUGACCGAUCACAGUAAUACUUAG